AUGAGUGUGGAUUUCAGAAGUGUCGAGAACAUCAUACAACAUGAUAAGUUCCAGUUCACGAAUAUCAACCAUUUCCUCAAUCCUGACAAUAUCAAUGGCCUCACAAUGCCAAAAUGUCAUUCCUCUUGUAUUACGCCAGUUUUAAUAGUUUUAUCUGAAGUAUUUCAAAAAAAAUUCUAUUACAAGAACUCUAUCGGCAAGAAGGCUAAAAGGUUUCCAGUUGAAGUAAAAUUGAAAGUUUCUAUAUACCACAACUCUUCUAGGUGUGAUAAUCAAGAACCCAUCAAAGGUAUACUAAAGCGACCUUCAUUGAAGUAUGAAGACAGAAAUCAGAUCACUCAUCGACCGUCGCCUGAUCAUUUCCCUGAUGAGCCGGCUACGCGAAUUCCAAAGCUUUCUGUAACAUGGUGGGAGAAAAACGCUGGUAUGUACCUCAUUGUCAGAAGCGUGGUUGCAGUCACAGUCAAAGCGACACAGCCGGAGCCGGAAAUUAGUGACCUGAAAAGCGAAUUGCGUACUGCACUGAAGGAACGAGAUGAAAAAGAGAAGCAUUUAGAAGAAUUAAGGGAACGAAUAAAAGAGGUUGAAUUGCUUAACAUCAGACAAGCUUCCUUAUCCGAUAGUCAUCGCUUAAUGAUGAGAGAACGGAAAGCGGCCGAAACCUUCGAACGUGAGAAAAAGCAGAUCGAACGCCGCCAUGCUAUCAGAGUUAAUCAGUUGAUACAUGAGACUCUUGCAGCUAGAAGGUUUAUAGGAGUACUGCGUUCCCACAUUUUCAGAGAGGAAGUAUUACGAUUAACAACGAGAGUUAAAGAGCUAGAGAAAGUCGUCAACGUUCCACGUGUGGAUUCGGAAACGAUGACAGACGCUGUACAGUUCGUUCCUUUUGUUUCCCAAAGCCCUUUGACGGUCGAUCCAGUUGAUCCGAAUCAGCAGAAUUCUGAAUCGGUUCUGUCUCCACCACCGCCGCCUACAACAACAACGGCUACAACAGCAACAGCAACAUCAACAUCAGUUUCUCUGAUGACAUCGUCGCAAGUUUGCGGCCUACCCGAGCAGGCAUGUCAGAAUGAGGCUUUCAUAUGGCGGACGAAAGCCGCUCAGCUGGAAAUCGUCGUCAAAGAUCAACUCGCGAAGGCGAGCCGUAUUGAAGAGGCCCUUCGUGCAGAGCUUUCAGCUGCUCGAACUGAGCACUUACCAUCUACUACGCCCAGUCUUUUUGUUACUUCUUCCCAAGGACAGGUUUCGACAAAGUCAAUAGGAAUUGGUGCUGAUAUCAUUACUAGCACUCCUGCACGUGUUUCGCCGGUUUCGUUUGAAUGCACGAUACCGUCAUGUAUAGAGCGAAAGAAGAGUCUAAUUCAAGAAAAUGAUCGACUUCUUGGACAGAGUGAGAAGGAUACCAUGCAAAAAGCGAUUGCCUAUAUGGAAGAACGAAUGCAGGUCUAUCAGAAUACGCUGAUGGAAAACGAUCUUGUUGUGAGUGAUGAGAACAGUGCCGACUGGCAUAGAGGAUUCGUUGAUCCGAGAUAUAAUGUUAUGGUUUCGAAGCGAAUACAAACAACUCUUACUUCUGAGGCGCUUUCACAGCAUGAGGAUGAGUUCGCAUUAGCAAAGGAGAAACUCGCAGAACUAAACGCCGAAUUCACAUCAAAUCGUAGCAACCUUCAUGAACGAUUCGAGGAGAUAGAGAAAAUCCUGUUCACAAAGACUCAGGUCGUUGACACUUUGUCACGACAACUUGAGGAAACGUGUCGUGAUCAACGCCAACAAAUUGACGCACAUCAAGAAGAACGAGAAUCCUACAAAAAGAAACUUGAAGAAAUCUCAAGUGUAGCUGAAAAAGUGCCCGUUCUGGAGACUCGAGUUGAGCAGCUGUUAAAGGCAAGCCACAGUACUAUGUCAUCUUGUAGUUUUUUCCUUGAGAUUGUUCAAAUCGCAUUACAGAAGGAGAAAAGCGAAUUAGGUAUUCGUUUUUCUGCUCAACGUGAUGAAAUGGAACACGCUUUGGAAGACGCACUAACGGAAGCUCUAGGGAAAUACAAGGAACAGGAUGAGUACUGGAAGAGUAAUCACGCCGAUCUGAAGCAGAGCUUAGAACGGGCAAAAGCUGAAAUCGCUCAACAUGUCAAGGAGAAGGAGGAUAUGAAAAUUAAGGCGAAACUGGAACGAGCGGAUCUUGAAAAUCGCCUCACCAGUAGCAUCGAACAUGUUGCUAUGCUCGUUAACCAGAUGAACAAAACUCGUCGUGACGUAGAAUGCGAAGCACGUCCGAGGAAUGUUAGCAAAUAUGUGGCAUGUAGACCAAACACGAGAAGCAAAUCGACAGUUAUUACGAAGGGUGACUUAUUCGAUGAAAAUGAGGAACGGUUGAAGUUGUGUCAAGGCGAACUAGCGACGACUAGGAGACAGGUUCAUGUUCUACAGCAGAAGCUGAUUAGUUCCUUGCAAGAUAAGGCGGAGAAACGCUUGGAAGUCCGUCGUCAUAUAGGAAAUAUUGUGGAUCCUGGUUCUGAACCCCAGAAGGUCGACAGAGGCAAACUUGAAGCAUUUCGAGCAAAAAAUGAUGAGCUGUGUGGACAGGUGGCAACAACCGAAGAGGAGAAGGAGGUACUAGUUCGUGAUGAACGCGAGCGUAUUCGACACCUUGUGAGCGAGUUUGAGAAUGUUCAUCGUGAAUUAGAUCAAGAAAUGAAUCGACGCGAGUCCGAGAAGACAUGGUUGAGGACUCGUAUUCGAAAUCUUGAAAUUGACAAUGAAGAGCUACAACGUAAGAUUGAAAUUAGAGAUGAACAAAGCGGUAGUACAAUCAAGGAUAGCUUUCUAACAACGUACGAUGAUCUCGAAAUGAGGAAGAAACCUUUCCAUCAAUUACAUCUCAGGAAAGCAGUAUCUGAGCCUGAUAUGUGCAUCGACAAUAACGAAGCCUCCCACUUUGCCGAGAACAUCCAACUCAGAAGAGAAGUCGAUCGAGAUCAUAGCUCGUUGCGCAACACAGCACCUAUUAUAGAUCGGUCUCAUAUAUCACCAGAAUUCGCCACUCUUGCCAAUGACCUGAACCUUGUGAAGUCGGAUUUGGAAAAAAUACUGUCUUCCAUGGACCAUGCAACAACAAACGAUACCACCAGCGAUCGCAUUGGUCACUCAUCUCCUUCCCCUAUCCAUAGUGAAAGGUCUGUUGAUGAAGAGGAGAUAUUGAAUUCGGACAUUCUUGACACGGUUAUGAUUGAUUGGGAAGCGGACGAGAAGAAACGUUUAAUUUGUGAUGUAUACCGACGUGAAGGAGUGACGAUGGUACGAAGUGCGAUUGUACCUCCUUGUAUGCCUGGUAUUAUACGUAGUAGCAGCGCCAGUGAUCUCACCCAUAAUGUGAUAAACAAGGAUGAGAUUCGAGUAUGGAAAGAAAAGUGUGGCACCAUGUUCCGCGAGUUGAACUCAAUACGAUCCGGCUACCAACAAGCACAAAAUGAGCGACGAGAACUCAAAAUACAGUUGGCGAUGUUGCGUGGGGAACUCGAAAUCGAACGUUGCCAUAGAGAGACAGAAUCACAGAACAGUAUGUCCAGUCGUGAAAAUCCUCUACCACUCGAUUAUCGUAGUACACAAGCGAAAAUAGCCAAAAAAAGACGGCGUACUCGAAGCGAGCAACAAAAAGGUAGAAGGCGAAGCACAAAGACGAUUAUUCUACAUCCUCAGAGAAGAUGUGUACAGUCAGGAAAUGCUAUCAAAUCUUUGAUGAGCCAACUUGAUAUUGAUCAGUUUGAUCAGUUAGAACAAGAGGAGGAAUCGUUUCAAUUGAAAGAAUCAUCGUCAGCAGAACAUGCUUUGUCUGAGAUGCGUGCACAAUUGGAAUUAAUUCGAAACGAGAACGCAAUGUAUGAGAAAAAACUUCGCGAUGUGGAAGAGGAAAGAAGAGAAAUGUACUUGGUAAUGUUCAAAAAAGGACAACAGGCAGCUGCGAUGGAUAUGAAAGAGGUCGCAGAAGUUGACCAAAUGACGCAAGAUCGUGUCGUGCUUCGAUUUCUUCAUGACGCUUUCUACUACUAUCUCAUGGACAAAGGAAACGCUAAGGAGCACCUACAAGCUAUCAUGGCUAUGCUUGAUUUCAGUAUGGAGCAAAAAGAUGAGGUGAUCAAGAAGAAGAGUAAAUCUCAUUAG